UGUAGGCGAAUGGUAGUCAUCAGAGAUGCGCCGAAGGUUUGAUGGGUGCGCCACAGUUACUCAAGGCGCGUGAGGUUGAGUGAGGAUCCCUCCGAACUGUUGGAAAGGUAGAGCGCAGGGGGAGGUUUGGAAACGAAAUUCCAAUGAUUCGACUGCAGCCUGUGUGUUUUUAGGACAACGUCAUGUUUUUCAUCCAUCUUAUCACUUUGGACCCGGAAAGGAUCCUAACUGCCUUUUUUUCCUCUUGCAAACUGGCUUAAUGAUCCCAAAUAAAGCAAAAUAUUGAAGAAUGUUUGUUCCAAGAGCUCUUAAAGUCAAGAGGACUGCUGAGGAUGAUGGGACCUGCGAAACUAAGAAAAACAAGUCUUCUCCCAAUGAAUCCUCAUCUGACGUGGCCUCAAAGUUUAGAGAGGCUGAAUUGGAUACAAAAGUGGAAGAAUGUACAGAACUACAGUCUUCCCUAGAUUCACCUGUGGCACCUAUUGAAGGAACUUUGAAAAAUGAAAAAAAUGAGAACAGUUCUCUUGCAGAGGAACCUAUAAAAUCAUUUAGCAGAACUCAGCGCUGGCCCCAACCUGGCGAGCCUGUCUGUAUCAUUUGUGGUCGUUAUGGGGAAUACAUCUGUGACCAGACUGAUGAAGAUGUCUGUAGCUUAGAGUGUAAAGCCAAACACAUUUUGCAUGUUAAAGAGCAGGAGGAAAACUCAAAGCCUACUGAUAGUGACAAAACAGAAUCUCAGACCAGGUCUGUCUGUCUCGACAGUACUUAUGUUUAUAAAGAAAAUGAUUUUGUACUAAGCCUACGAGACGUGCAGGUUGACAACUUAAGACUGCAACUGGGCAUCACCAUUGAAGGUCAAGGAGCUGUGAAACCUAUUGUAGAAUUUGAGCAUUGUGGUUUUCCUGACAUUUUAAACUGCAAUUUAAAAAAAUCUGGCUAUGAAGUCCCAACCCCAGUUCAGAUGCAAAUGAUUCCAAUUGGAUUACACGGCAGGGAUAUCAUGGCCACUGCUGACACAGGCUCGGGCAAAACUGCAGCUUUCCUGCUUCCAGUUAUAAUUAAAGCAUUGGGCAAGACAGAAGCCCCAUCUGCUCUUAUUUUGACACCAACGAGAGAGCUGGCGAUACAGAUCGAGAAGCAAGCUAAAGAUCUUAUGGUUGGUCUACCAAACAUGAGAACAGUUCUUCUUGUUGGUGGAUUGCCAUUACCCCCUCAGCUCCAUCGCCUAAAACAAAAUGUUAAGGUUAUAAUAGCAACGCCUGGAAGGCUCCUAGAAAUUCUUAAGCAAAGCUCUGUACAGCUCCAUCAUAUCAAAAUUGUUGUUGUGGAUGAAGCUGACACCAUGUUAAAAAUGGGUUUCCAGCAGCAGGUAUUAGAUACUUUGGAAAAUAUUCCAAUAGAUCGUCAGACUCUUCUAGUGUCGGCUACGAUGCCUUCUGGCACUGAACAACUGGCAAAUCGACUUCUGCAAGAUCCUAUAAAAAUCACCAUUGGGGAAAAGAAUCUGCCAUGUUCCAGUGUUCGCCAGAUUAUCCUGUGGAUAGAGGAACCCUCCAAAAAGAAAAAACUUUUUGAAAUAUUAAAUGAUAAGAAGCUCUUUAAGCCUCCGGUACUGGUGUUUGUAGAGUGCAAACUGGGUGCGGAUCUUCUGAGUGAUGCUGUUCAUAAAAUAACAGGCUUACAAACAGUAUCGAUGCAUGCUGAUAAGUUGCAGACAGAAAGAACUGCCAUAUUACAGGGAUUAUUGCAACAGAAGUAUGAAGUGGUUGUAAGCACUGGGGUCCUUGGACGAGGACUUGAUCUGGUGAAUGUUAAGCUGGUCGUCAACUUUGACAUGCCAUCUAGUAUGGAUGAAUAUGUGCAUCAGAUUGGAAGAGCUGGACGGUUGGGUCACAGUGGAACUGCAAUUACUUUUAUUAAUAACAACAGUAAAAAACUUUUCUGGGAUGUUGUAAAACGGGUUAAACCAACAGGCACUAUCCUCCCACCUCAGUUAUUAAAUUCCCCAUAUCUUCAUGACCAGAAAAGAAAGGAACAGCAAAGAAGCAAACAGUCGCAGAAUGGACUUGUAACAGCUGAUAAUCUUGUGGACAUUAUUAGAAAGCAUGACAGAAGCUUUUCACAGAAGUGAUGAACUGAGAUAUAUUUGUAAAUACAGUGCAUUUGUACAUCAAGUGAAUAAGUGCUGGAUUCCAAUUUGAAUUAAAAUCAUUGGGGCACAUUUCUGCUAA